UAGUUGCACGAAUGGAUCAAUGGCCUGCUCUUAAUGGCUGAGGCUGUGCAGAGGUGGAGAUGUGACUCUAAUGAGCUCCAGGGAUUCAAAGCGCCUGACAGUUUUGACAUCUGUUGGCACGGCGAUACAUGGAAGUACAAAACAAGAGAAGCAUGAGGCAACACUGUGCUCUAAAACAUGGAAUAUUUAAGGAAUUUCUGGCAGAAUUCCUGGGAACGUUUGUCUUGGUUCUGUUUGGCUGCGGCUCCGUCGCUCAGACCGUCCUCAGUCGAAACACCCUGGGCGAACCCCUCACCGUCCACAUCGGCUUCUCUGUAGGCCUGAUGAUGGCAGCAUAUGUGGCCGGUGGAGUUUCAGGGGGCCAUGUGAACCCCGCUGUGUCUUUGGCCAUGGUAAUUUUGGGCAAACUGAAGAUCUGGAAGUUUCCUUUCUACGUCAUCGCUCAGUUUCUUGGUGCUUUUGCAGGAGCUGCUGCAGUCUUUGGAUUAUACUAUGAUGCCUUCAUGGACUUCACCAGUGGGAUUCUGUCAGUGACGGGUAUCAAUGCAACGGGCCACAUUUUUGCCUCAUACCCCGGCAGACACCUGUCAGUCCUCGGCGGCUUCAUUGAUCAGGUGGUGGGAACAGGUAUGCUGGUUCUGUGCAUUCUUGCUAUCAUCGACGGCGGAAACAUCGGAGCUCCUAAAGGCGUCGAGCCGCUGGCCAUCGGCCUGAUCAUCAUGGCCAUCGGCGUGUCCAUGGGGCUGAACUGUGGCUACCCCCUGAACCCAGCCAGAGACCUGGGACCCAGACUGUUCACAGCUGUGGCAGGAUGGGGGAUGGAGGUCUUCAGCACCGCAGACAACUGGUGGUGGAUCCCAGUGGCGGGACCGAUGGUGGGGGGAGUGGUCGCGGCCGUCAUAUACUACCUGUUCAUUGAGCUGCACCACCCCCACGUCGAGCACGAGAAGCCCCAGGAGGAAGAGGAGGAGGACGAGGAAGACGAAGAGGAUGAUGACAGCAGUCUGAAGGACAAAUAUGAGAUGAUCACGAUGAGUUAAGAAGACUUUCACCUUCAGGACUGAGCGCUUUUACUGUCAGUCAGAUGAACACCAGCGCAGCUUCCAUCUGUAAGGACAGGAUCCAUGUGUCAGUGGCAUCUCAUUGGUAUAGGCUGUAGUUAUACUUCAAGCUUUUUUCAGCCCGAUACACUACCAAAGACCUCCAUGGGUCUAAAUAAAAAUAAAAUAUAUUUGGAAAUGUUCUGAAAACACAGAAUAACUUUUGCUCGAUUGCCUGUUGUUGCAUUUUUCAUAAACUCAUGGAAAUCUCAGUCCUGUGUAUUUGAGAUCAUUACAUAAAUAUUAGCAGCAUACGUGUUGUAAAUACCAUUUUGUAUAUACAUAAAAAUUCUCCUUUUUUGCAUAUACUAAAAAUAGAAUAUUAGUUCUGCAUGCUUGCAAGUUCCCUGUUACAUUUCUUUGUGUUUUUCUCAGUGGUUGUCGUGAUAUUUGCGUAUUAACUUCAAACUUUUUGUGCUUGUUUUGACUUUUUGCAAAACUCUCUUACUCACUUUUGUUUGUCGACAUUAAAGUUUCUACAAGUUGCAACUUCUCCUAAGAUUUUUCUCUUCACCGCUCUGCUUCAUUUGUAAUAGAAAACUGCACAUCAACCUAAAAUGCGACGAGAUGCUCGGUUGAUGUAAACAUUCUCAUCUCAUACGAGCAGUUUGUAAAUUGCUCCACAGACGAAGUAUGUCCUGUAGAAUGUCAUCGCUCCAGCUAAUGUCCCCAAUGCAGAUAAAGGAGCUGAGACUCAGUGGGUUGUCUGAUUUUACUUCCACCAGGAACCUCAGGUGGCAACUUCAAAGCUGCAGAAUUGUUAGAAAAGUCAAAUAUGAUGGGAUGAUAAGACUUAAAAGUGAGAAGCUUCAUCAUUGUUUCAUCUGGGGGAUUCUCACCUUUGAGUUAAAAUAAGAAUAUCAAAAGAAUUAUUUUAAGUGGAUUGGAUAUGGAUUGAAUUCUAGUUCUGAUAAUGUUCAUGAAAACCCAUGUUAAAUAAGAGCUGUGAAGUGGAGAAAAACAAAACAAAAAACCUUGUUCCAAGUUCUCUAACUUGACGAGUGCUCCUGUAUAACAUGUGGAAAAGAAGCUACAAAAUUUGAGAAUAAUGUAACAUCCAAACAGGAUAAAUUUAAUUCAAAGUCUCCGUUAGCUCAGUUAGCCAUGCUUUUUUUUAAGGUUUUCCAAAAUAAAAAAGAAAAGUAGUAAGCUAGUAGUAAGCAGCUGUAGCACAAACAUGUUGUUGGGCUACCUGCUUCAUUCCUUCAGCAUUCCAAGAAUAGUUAGAAGUGAGUCAGAUUUAAUGUUAAGUUCCAU